AUGGAAGAAGGAGAAGAAGAUUCUACUGCUUCCACACAAAGCAACCAAGCUACUAUUUCGGCUUCAUCUUCCAAGGGAAAAAGAAGCAGGCCUUUAAACACAGAGCUGCAUAUGAAGUUGAAUCUAUCUGAUUCUUCAUUUGAGGGAAGCUCUUGCAAUGACAGGAGCAAAAAGCCAAGACAAAAUGCCCAAAGCUUAUUUGUGAAGGUUUAUAUGGAUGGAACUUCAUUUGGAAGGAAUUUAGAUUUAUUAACUCAAGAUGGAUAUCAGAGUCUAUUAACAACAAUUGAACAAAUGUUCAACACCACCAUCAUAUAUCCUUAUAAGAGCCGAAUCUCUUCACCGACAUCAAAUAUACUCAUUUAUGAAGAUACAGAGGGAGAUUGGACGACGGUUGGAGAUGUUCCAUGGAAGCUUUUCUUAUCUAGCAUAAAAAAGCUGAAGAUAAUAAGAGCUGGCAGAUGA